AUGGCCAGUCGCAGUGCUAACUCCUUCAAGGUCUCGAUCCACAAGGAUACUGUCGAUAUCCUCAAUCUCCAACGCCAGGCCGUCCGCUUCCUCCACGCCCUCCACUUAAUCACCUGCGACCAGAUCUACGACGUAAUCAUCCCAUCCACCAUAUUUGCCCUGAGCGCCUACUUCUCAGGGCCACUCCUAUCACUACCAUCUCCCUCUCUCAGCCUGCUACUAUCUCGCCUCCCCGUGGUAAUAUCCUGGCUCUACCUCCUCGUCGCCCAAUUCUGCCUCCACAACCAGCGCCACUCCGAAUCCAUCGAAGAAGACCUCAUCAACAAACCCUGGCGCCCCCUCCCCUCCGGCCUCAUCACCCAAGCCGAAGCACACUGCCUCCUCGGCCUAACCUACACCCUCCUCAUCGCACUCACCCCCAUCCAUUUCGGCCUCAUCGUUUUCAAAAUCUGGCUCAUGUACACUGCGCUCGUGCUGGCGUACAACGAGUUCGGCGGCAGCGAUGCGCACGGCGUGAUUCGCAAUGCGCUGAAUGCCGGGGGCUAUGCUUGUUUCUUCUCGAGUAGCUUGCAGGUAGCGCUGGGGCAGGACGUGGGUUUGACGAGGGAUGCGUGGGGCUGGAUUGUGAUGCUGGUGACGGCGUUGUUUACGACGUUUCAUAGUCAGGAUUUUAGGGAUGAGGAGGGGGAUCGGGUUAGGGGCAGGAAGACGGUGAUUUCGGCGUUGGGAAAUACGGCUGCAAGAUAUUUGCUUGCUGGGGCUGUUACUGGGUGGUCUAUUUUACUACCUUGUUGGUUCGGGUUCGACUUGGUGAGGUGGAAUCUUGGGAAUCUUGGGUUGGGGUGCGUGGGGAUCUCGGCAGCUGGGGUGGUGGGCAUGACGGUCAUGGGACUUGGGCGGAAGAGGGAUCGGAAGUUGGAUGCAAGAAUGUAUAAGACUUGGUGUGUAUGGAUGGUUGCGGUAUGUAUGCUUCCAAUGUUUGCGACAUUUUAGGACGGAUAGAUCAAGAAAUUGGGAGACGGUAGGG